AGGAGGGGAGGGGGUGAGUGCUCCUCGGGAUCCGGGCCUAGCAGUGCCGCCGCCGGGACUCUGCUGUCGCUCUCAUCCGCUGUCAAAAAUCCGGGAAUUGCCUCAUUUGGGGGGCACAAUGGAGGCGGCGGGGCUCGCGUGGAAGCUGCUCGACGGGGGAAUGGGAGAUAGCAUGCCAGCAUGAGUGGGCUACAUGCAGGCCCAAGCCGGGAGUCCAGCCGCCCGAUAAGCCCUGCCUGUGACCUCUCCCGCUACUCCCGAUCCAACUACAAUAAAGAUCCCAGCACAACCAUGUCCGCCGCCGCCUCCUCCCUACAGCACGCAUCCAUUUACGGCUUUGCGCAGAGGGACCCUUCGCCCCCCUCAUCCACCUACAGCCCCCUGAGGAGGCUGCAGCAUCUCACCACCAUGGUGAGCCAGCCCGACUUAGUUUUGCCCGCCCGGCCAGGUAAGAGCUGGGAGUGGGCCGCCUCUGAUCAAAACGAGUCGGAGCGGGACUCCUGGGUCGACUGUGCCGGCAGGGAUUACUGCGACGCCACUUUUGCAAAACAAGGCGAGGUCCAAAGUGGCAGCUCUAACGAGGAGCCGGCAGCCAGCUGUAACAGUCCCACCGUGUCAGAGAGGAAGACGGACAGUUGUUUCUCCUGCCCGCCCAGCCCGGCCUUCUCUCUCGAUAGCAACAGCCCCUUUGCAAAUGGCCUCCUUCAUUUUGAAUCCUCUUUGUUCGAGGACGAGGAUCACCACAACUGUGACAAAGAGCAGGAGCAGCAGCAGCAUCAGCAGGAGGAGACAUACUUUGCCGUCACAGACUCGCGGGAUAAACGCAAGACCCCAGAGAAAGAGCUUCAGUCUGCCACUGUGGAUUUGCAAUCAGAAAUCAAGGAUGCAAAUGUUCCAUCUGCAAAAGUCAUCACCCGGUCCCAGUCGUCGGGUUUUCGCCGAAGGUACUGGGAUGUUUCCGAUGACGAUUGGGAGAGCGACACGGAUCUCUUCCUUUUUGGCGAUAGCCCCUCCAGGCAUUUGAUGCAGAGCGACAUGAAACGAAGCGCCGUGCCACCUGUCAAGUUUCUGGAGGGCGAGGUCAUUUGGGCAAAGUUCAGCCGACGGCCGUGGUGGCCGUGCGAGGUGAUUGUUGACCCUGCGCAGGGAGUCUAUCACAAGGUUAAAGAGCCCAGCGAUCGGCCCUGUCGACUCUACCACAUCAGGACUUUUGGGGACCAGGAGGAGCAAGCCUGGGUGGAGGACAAAUCGACUCAUAUUUUUCACGGAGGCUUUCAGUUUGAGCAGCUUGCACAAAUGCGCAGGAAGGGGAAGCAAAGAGGGCCGAACCACAAAUACACCAUCGCCAAACGCUAUGAAGCGUCUUGGAAAUUGAGUGUGGCUGAAGCUGAAACUAUUCUCCAGCAAAGGCCCAACAUAGACUCUUUAACCAUAGACACUACCUUCCAAGACAGUUCACCGAUGAUUACCAAGCCCUGUCCACCUAUUUCCCCAUCUUCCCCCGCUGCUUCUAAUCUUCUGGAAAAGUCGCACGCAAUCAGUGGAUCGAUAUCUUGCCAGACAUCAUCCCCAGUAGAAAAUAAGCAAGGCACUUUAAAGAAGUCUUCUGACAAGAGGGAAGACUUCAACUCCUCAAUUAAGCAGUCUAAAAAGGUCCGACAUCACAACCCCAACCAAUCAGAUAAGAAUGUAGAGUGCCCUUAUUCGGACCUUGAGUCGGUCCCUAAGAUUUUGUGUCCAAAAGCACCUGAACGCCAAACCACGUGGACUCAGUCACCUGCUAAUCUCGCCAAGGAGGAAAAGAGACAACCGGAGAUGCAAAGUGGUCUUUGGUUUAGUAAAUCAGGCAAAGACAGACGACCAAAAACUGUUACUCCAGAACGGUCAGAUCGUACGCUUGUCACCAAUGUACUCAGUAAGAAAAAGACUUUGGCUGUGACUAAAAACUUGACGGCUCAAGGGGAUAAUGCCUCCUUGGCCGGACAAGGUGACCAGGGUGGAUUGGUAAAUCCCGAACCAAAGGUUCUGUCUGAGCAGUCAUGGCAGUUGGACUCUAAAAACAACAUUGUAGCUAGCGACCCUGCCGAAAGUAGUCCUGAGCUGUUGUCUCAACACCAGCUGUCGAUCGAUUCUUCUGACCCUCUUGGAUUGUCACAACCGCAAGAGUCGGUGGUCUUUUCUGAACCUUUUCAAUCUUCAGAAAACAAACAGUCCGUGGCUCCUUUUGACUCACAAGGAUUGUUACGGAAGCAGGUGUUCACAGAUUUUUCUGACUCUCUGGCAUUGUCACAAAAACAAGAGUCAAUGUUAUCUUCUGACCCAGCAGGAAUGUCACAAAAGCAGAAAUCUGUGGAUUCCUCUUACCCUCGAGGUGUAUCACAAAACCGUGAGUCUCGGAAUUGUUCUGACCCUCGAGCAUCUUCUCAAAAGCGCAAAUUAGUGGUUUUAUCAGACUCCCGAGGAUUGUCCCAAAAGUGCAAAUCAGUUGAUUCUUCUGAUGCUGGAGGAUCAUCUCAAAAGCAUAAAUCUGUGGAUUCCUGUUACCCUCAAGGAUCAUCAAAAAAGCUGAAAUUUGUGCCCCCUUCUGACUCUCAAGGAUUGUCCCAAAAGCAGGAGUUAGUCGAUUCUUUGGAACCUCGAGGAUUGUCCAAAAAACAGAAGUCAGUGGAUUGUUUCAGUACUGAAGCAUUGUCACAGAAGGACUCCAGGGAUUCUGCUGACCCCCAAAUGUUCCCACCAAAGCAGAGGUGCGUGGAUUUUGCAAACCCAAGGCAGAAGGAUGUGGGUGUUUCUGAUCGACUGUCUCACAAGCAGAAAUCGGUGGAUUCUUCUGACCUUCUAGAAUUAUCACCACAGCGGGAGUCCAAGGGUUGUUCUGACCUUCCAGUAUCAUCGCAAAAGCAGAAGUUGGUAGAUUCUUCAUGCGCUCAAAGAUUGCCACAGGAUUCUUCCAUUCCUGGAACAUUGUCACAAAAGCAGAAAUCCAUGAAUUCUUCAAACCUUCAAAGAUCAUCGCAAAAGAUGGAGUCUAUGCAUGGGUCUGAUCCUCGAGGACCAUCGCAACAGCAGACGUUUGUGGAUUCUUAUGACCGUCAAGGACUGUCACAAAAACAGGAGUCUAAGGAUUCUUCUGACCCUCAAAGGGUGUCCCAAAAGCAAAAGUCGGUUGAUUAUUUUAAGCCACAAGGAUUGUCAAAAAGGGGGGCAUGGCAUUCUUUUCACCACCAAACAUUGUCACAAAAGCAGACGUUAUUUGAUUCUUCUCACCCCCGAGGAUCGUCCCAGAAGAAGUCAAUGGAUUCUUUUUGCUCGAAAGAAUCGUCACAAAAGCAGGAAUCCAUAGAUACAUCAGACCCCCAAAGAUCAUCACAAAAGGAGAAGUCAGUGAAUUCUUCUCAACCCCAAGGAUCAUCACAAAAGCCGAAGUUGGUGGAUUCUUCAGUACCCCAACUGUUGUCACAAAAACAGAAAUCAGGGGAUUCUCCUGGCCCUCGAGGGUCGUCACAAAAGCAGAAGUCCAGGCAUUCGCCUGAUCAUCGAGGAUCAUCACAAAAGCCGAAUUCCAGAGAUUCUUCUGAUUCCCGCGGACUGUCAAAAAAGCAGGAGUUCAAGGCUUCCUCUGACCAUCGGGUAUUGUCACAAAAGCAAGCAUCUAAGUAUUCUUCUGACCACCGAGUUUCAUCACAAAAGCUGAAGCCAAAGGAUUCUUCUGAACCUCGAGGAUCCUCACAAAAACAGGAGUCCAGGGAUUCUUCUGACCCUCAAGUUUCAUCCGAACAGCUGAAGUUGGUGGAUAUUUCUUACCCUUGCGGGUCAGUACAGAAGCAGGUGUCCAUGAAUUCACCCGACCAUCAAGGAUCCUCACAAAAGCUGAAUUCUUUUGACUCCUGUGGAUUGUCAAAAAAGCGGGAGUCCACGGGUUCUCCUGACCAACGACGAUUAUCUCAAAAGCAGGAGUCCAAGUAUUCUUCUCACCCUCAAAUUUCAUCACAAAAGCUGAAGUUAAUGGAUUCUUCUGAACCUCGAAGAUCAUCACAAAAGCAUGAGUCCAGGAAGUCUUCUGACCCUCAGGUUUCAUCAGAAAAGCUAAAGCCGAUGGAAUCUUCUGACACUCCUGUGGCAUCACAGAAGCAGGGGUCCAGGGAUGCUCCUGAUCAAGGAUCAUCACAAAAGCCGAAUUCCAUGGAUUCUUGUGACUCCCGUGGACUGUCAAAAAUUCAGGAGUCCACAGGUUCUUCUGGCCCACGAGGACUGUCACAAAAGCAAGAGUCCAAGUGUUCUUCUGAUCCUCGAGUUUCAUCUCAAAAGGUGAAGUCAAAGGAUUCUUCUCAACCUCGAGCAAUGUCACAGGGCCAGGAGUCCAGGAUGUCUUCUGAUCCUCGAGUUUUGUCAGAAAAGGUGAAGUCGGUGCAUACGUCUGACUCGUGCAGGUCAUCAUGGAAGGAAAUGUCCAGGGACCCUCGUGGAACAUCCCAUAAGCAGAAGUCAUUGGAUUCAUUUGAGCUCCGAAGAUCAUCACAUAAACAUAAGUUAUUGGAUUCUUCUGACCCUCCAGUAUCCUCACAAAAACUGCACUCUGUGGACUCCUCUGACCCUCAGGGAUCAUCGCAAGUGUCUGUGGAUUCCCGCAGGUCCUCUAAGAAGUGUGGUUCCUUAAAAUCUCGGCAAAUUAUCCCUAAUUCUAAACACUCUGCCAAACGGUCGACUCCUCAAAGCAGCGCACACGUCAAGAAGUUCAGGAAGAGGACCGGUGUAAAGCACAGCAGUCAAAGUGAUCAUUGUAAAUCGAAGGCCAGUAAAACAGUUGCUCCAUGUGGUUUAUACCAGACGGAAGAAAGAGAAAACAAUACCAAGGCCAAGUCCAGUUUAAGUGAAGUAUCAACAGACCUUCAAAAAGCUUUGAUUGCUAUGUGUAAACUACCAUUCAUUAAGUUGAUGCGCGGCGACAUAAAUAUUCAGAAUUAUUGGAAGUCUAAAAUUGCUAUUAGUUACAAUGACCAAACUGGAUGUUCAAACAGUAAUGAACUCCAAAGAACAGCGGCUCACUCCUCAUCUAAGUCAGACUUGACGCACGCAGCAGCAACUAUCUCUAAAAAUAGUGUAGACAAAAAAGUUUCCCAAAACAGCGGAGACAAUACGGUUUCUGGGAAUGUUGAAGACAAGAGGCUUUCUGGAAAUUGUGAAGUCAAAAUCAUGCCCAGAGAUGGUGAAGACAAAAGUGUGUCUAGAAAUGGUGAGGUCCAAAGUGUUUCUAGAAAUAGUGACGACAAAGGGGUUUCCAGAAAAAAUGAAGAGAAAGGUGUGUCCAGACAUGGUGAAGAAAAAAAUGUUUCCCGAGUUGGUGAAGACAGGAAAAAUGAGGACAACAGUGUUUCGAGAAAAGCGGUGGACAAAGUUGCAUCUAACGGUGAACACAAAGUCGUUUACAGGCUCACUGAAGACAAACAUGUUUUCAGAAAAAAUGAGGACAAAAUUGCGUGCCGAAAAAACGAGAGCAAAAAUUUUUCCACAAGUAAUGGACACGACCCUGUUUUCAGAAGAAAAGAGGGAAAAAAUGCAUCUGAAAGUGGUGACGACAAAGGUGUGUCUAUAAAUUGUGAAAACAAAAGUGUGUCCAGAAAUUGUGGAGAUAUAAGUGCAUCUCGAAAGAGUGGAGACAAAAUUGUUUCCAGAAUUGGUGAAGGCAAACCUGUUUUCCGAAAAACUGAAGACAAACUUGUUUUCCGAAAAAGUGAAGACAAAAGUGCUUCAAGAAAUCCUGAUCCCAAAAGUGGCCCCCAAGAGACAAGUGUUUCGGGAAGUGCAUUUGAAAAUGUUGACACAAGUGUUUCAGGAAAAUGUGACGAGGCAAUUGUUUCCAGAAAGAGUGUGUCCAGGAAUGAUACCGGCUCUUCCGACUCCUGUCUGGCAGAGACUGAAGCAAAGUGUCCGACUGGUGCCCCCAAAGGUACCACAAUUUCUUGCGAUCUUUCAGAAGGUUCACAGCAACGUGAGACUUGCGCCUCGAGCUUGCUGCACGUCACAACCCCCGUGCCCUCUCAGUACGAUACAAAUUCAGUAUCUGGCAAUGGUCAGGUAUCCCAAGAGCCAUCAUCCCCCAAGACCAAUGCCCUUAAAUCAAAGCACAUCCCCGAUCAAUUGCCCGACGUCCUACCACAAGAACAGCCCGCCCAUCUCCCAGCUAGCAAUCGGCUGAUGACCGGAGCCCUGAAAACCAUGAAGGUGCUGCAAAAGCUGAAGCACAGAAAAGCCAAAAAGAAGGCCGCUCAGAAUGAAGUCUUGCCUCAUGGCCAAAACCAGGCCAACCUGGAUUACCAUGCUAAGAACUGCGCUUGGAACAAAGAAAGCAAUUUGGACGUUUGCACUAAAGUCAAACCGGUCGAGCCUCGAUAUAGCGCCAUUUCUUCCGAUGAUCGGGACGCUGUAUCCAGUUGUCGUACCCCUCCUUUGCUGUUGCAUGAUUGCACUGAAGUCAAGAGCGAAGAGGAAGUCCUUUCGGUAUCUUCAACACCACCAAUGGACUUCAUACCACUCACCUCCAAUGUCAGGACAAAGGAGGUGGACCAAAGCACCUCCUCGCCUUCCCCUCCCUCGCCGUUUUCCUUUAUGAAUGCUUUGAAAAACGUGAAAGAGGUGUCCUUCCAAUCUUUGACCGACGAGGCUAACGGCAAAGUGCUCACCUUCAAACCAGACCUGAAUUACAAGUUCAGCACUUUUCUUAUGAUGAUGAAAGACAUGCAUGACACUCGAGAGCGUGACGGGGCCCCCUUAGAACUGGAAAUUGGACCACCAAGUGCCCACGUCAAGCAGGAGCCCUUGGUCAUGCCUGGAGUGGCUGCACUCGCGGGCCUAGAACAAGACGUUGUGAAUGGUGAUCCAGAUUUUAGCCCAGGCAUGGACACAAGUCGAAGUCACAUGUCCAAGCGGCCUUACAAGAGAAGGAGCAGCUCCUCUUGGAUGAAGAGCAAAAAUGGUCGCAAAGUGCCGAGUCGUCCCGCUGGGUCUGGACCCGGGUACCCGGGCGUGGGGUCCUUGCUUGGAAUUGACUUUUCCUCUGUACUGGAUUACUCUGCAAAAGUCCGGUCCCUGUUGGAUAUGCAGGCCUCCCCCUGGGAGGGCCAGCCCGGGAGCGAUGGAGGAUUGUUGACGUGGGGUGGAGACUUUGAACAGAUGAAUGGCUUUUCUUCCAACUCCACCCAAGCCAAGACCGGAGAAGGCGAUGGCGAUUCCUCUGCCAAUAAACGAGUACGCAAGCCAAGCAAAAGGCUCCUCGAAUGGACGGAAGAGUACGACCACAUAUUUUCUUCAAGGAAGAAAACCAAAAAGCCUCUUCAGACAAUUACGAUGGCCAACCAAGCACUUUCAUCCCAACCACCUGUACUGGACAAACAUGUCCUCGAGCCGCCAUCGUUGAGCGCACUUCCUGAAAUGCAGACGCCGCCUCCGGAGGAAAUCACCCUCACCACAGAACUCCAAAUCCCCAGCGCUGAAAACGCAUCCCCGCAGGAAGCGCAGCCGCUUUCCAUCGACACGUUGACCCCGCCCCCUGAGGCUGAAGCGGAACCACCGCCAAUUGAAGACCUUGCUGGAGACGACUGCAAUGCUGCUUUGCCACAAAAGAAGCGGAAGAGGAAACCAACUCCGAAGAUCCUGGAAUAUUGUCUUGAAGCCGAGGCCUCUGUGGGCCCGAAGAAGAAGAUCAAAAUUGUGAAGAACUCCUGCGAAGAUCCUCAAACAGCGCUUCCAGAUCCCGACCCUCCUGCUUUGAAGCCAAUAAGCCCGGCGGUUCCCACGCCGUCGCCGCAGCCGGCGACAGCGACCCACCCAACUCCACCCAGCCCUCCUGGUCCCCCCGUGCUGGCACCGGCGCUGUCUGAGCAGGCGGAUGAUAAGGUUGCAGAUGUCCACCUUCCUCAAGCGGACGACGGGUUCAAGUACACCACAGAGUCCGAGGGUGAAGCCUCCACGUUGGACCAGAGCUUCUCCUCCUCUCGAGACGACUCGUCGCCGUGCGACGAUGCGCUCGGACAAGGCCGGAGGAUCAUCGGUGACCGAGGGGGCCCCGCCUCCUUGAAGGAGAACGUCUGUCAGGUGUGCGAGAAGACAGGGGAGCUGCUUCUCUGUGAGGGUCAAUGCUGUGGCGCGUUUCACUUAGCCUGCAUCUCCCUGGCCGAGGCCCCCAAAGGGAAAUUUGUGUGCCCGGAAUGCAAGUCGGGCAUCCACACCUGCUUUGUGUGCAAGAAGCGCAGCGAGGACGUGCGGCGCUGCAUGAUCCCCGUGUGCGGCAAGUUCUACCACGGCGAGUGUAUCGCCACCUACGCGCCCACCGCGCCGGUCAGCCGCGGCUUCCGCUGCUCCAUCCAUGUCUGCCUCACCUGCUUCAUCGCCAACCCCGGCAGUCCCUCCAUCUCCAAAGGUCGUCUGGUGCGUUGCGUGCGCUGCCCGGUGGCUUAUCACGCCAACGACCUGUGCAUGGUGGCCGGCUGCGUGGUCCUCUCCAGCAAUAGCAUCAUCUGCCCCAACCACUUCACGCCGCGGCGCGGUGUCAAGAACCACGAGCAUGUGAACGUCAGCUGGUGCUUUGUGUGCACCGAAGGGGGCAGCCUGCUGUGCUGCGAGUCGUGCCCGGCCGCCUUCCACCGAGAGUGUUUGAACAUGGAGAUGCCCAAAGGCAGCUGGUACUGCAACGAUUGCAAGGCCGGCAAGAAGCCUCGCUACAAGGACAUCCUGUGGGUCAAGGUGGGACGCUACAGGUGGUGGCCCGCCGAGGUCAGCCACCCCAAAAGCAUCCCGGACAACAUCCUGCGCAUGAGGCACGACGUGGGCGAGUUCCCCGUCCACUUCUUUGGCUCCAACGACUACCUGUGGACCUACCAGGCGCGCGUCUUUCCCUAUAUGGACGUGGACGCCAACAGCAAGGAGAAGAUGGGCAAAGGCGUGGACGCCACUUACAAGAAAGCUCUGGAGGAGGCGGCGGUGCGCUUCCGCGAGCUUCAGGCCGAGAAGGAGCUCCGCCAGCUGCAAGAGGACAGGAAGAACGACAGGAAGCCGCCGCCGUACAAACACAUCAAGGUGAACCGGCCAAUAGGGAAGGUCCAGAUCGUCACGGCCGACCUGUCGGAGAUCCCGCGCUGCAACUGCAAGGCGACGGACGAGAGCCCGUGCGGCGUGGACUCGGAGUGCAUCAACCGCAUGCUGCUCUACGAAUGUCACCCGCAGGUUUGCCCGGCCGGCGAGCGCUGCCUCAACCAGACUUUCAGCAGGCGUCAGUACAGCCAGGUGGAGAUCUUCAGGACGCUGUCUCGAGGUUGGGGCCUCCGCUGCGUCCACGAUAUCAAGAAGGGUCAGUUUGUGAGCGAAUACGUCGGGGAGGUGAUCGACGAGGAGGAGUGCCGGACCAGGAUCAGACACGCCCAGGAGCACGACAUCUGUAACUUCUACAUGCUCACUCUGGACAAGGAUCGCAUCAUCGACGCCGGUCCGAAGGGCAACGAGGCUCGCUUCAUGAACCACUGCUGCCAGCCCAACUGCGAGACGCAGAAGUGGACGGUGAGCGGCGACACGCGCGUCGGACUCUUCGCCUUGGUGGACAUCUCUGCCGGCACCGAACUCACUUUCAACUACAACCUGGAAUGUUUGGGCAACGGCAAGACGGUGUGCAAGUGCGGCGCGCCCAACUGCAGCGGCUUUCUCGGCGUGAGGCCCAAGAACAACCCGCCGUCGGACGACAAAGGGCGCAAGCUGAAGCGCCGCGGCCACGGCCGGCGGAAGAAGAAGGUGGUGGUGACCAAAGAGCGCGAGGACGAGUGUUUCAGCUGCGGCGACGGUGGCCAGAUGGUCUCCUGCAAGAAGCCCGGCUGCCCCAAGGUCUACCACGCCGACUGCCUCAACCUCACCAGGAGGCCCGCCGGCCGCUGGGAAUGUCCACGCCACCAGUGCGACAUCUGCGGCAAGGAGGCGCUGUCCUUCUGCGAGAUGUGUCCCAGCUCCUUCUGCGGGCAGCACCGCGAGGGCCUGCUCUUCAUCUCCAAGCUGGACGGCAAGCUGUGCUGCACCGAGCACGACCCGUGCGGACCCCACCCGCUGGAGCCGGGCGAGAUCCGCGAAUACGACCCCCAGCCCCGGGCCUUGACGUCGGGCUUGGGGAUGGCCGUCAUCACGCCGUCGUCGGCCACGCCGAGCGUGGCCUCUGCUGGCGCGCGCCCCGCCCCCGCCAGGCUCCCGGACGUUGGCCAGGGUCGUCCCUUUCCCGCUUUUGCCAUCCCGGUGCCCAUCACCAUUCCCGUUUCGGCGCCCGGCGCCUCGCCUGCUGCGGGCAACGGUGGCGGCGGCGGCUUCGACCUCCCGCAGUACUCGCCCAUCUCCUCCUACGAGGAGGACAGAGACGUACUGGAGGAGGACGAGGAUGAGGAGGAGAUGCUGGAUGAGGAGGAUGAGGAAGAGGCUCUGGAAUAUCUUGAGAUCAGAGAUGACGAUGAGGAGGGGGAGGAGGAAGAAGAAGAAGAAGAGUGACGCAGUGGUUUGUUCAUAUCGACUUUAUCGAAUCCCACUCACGUGGCGUGAAUUCUGUGACAGGAAGCACUUGUGACGCAACCUCGGACCCUUUGCGCACACUCGCUGGCGACAACAAAAGUUUCAUGGGGCGCGGUGUUGCGCCAUGACUUCAUUUCCGGCGUCUUUCGCGCUCGCCGGCCAUAACAUUAGGUACACCACAGGAGAGUCAAUAUGAGAGCCGUCGCCAAGAUUUUCUGCCCGUUAAAACCCAUCACAAGGUGACGAUCUUCAUUUCGUGAGGCCGUAGCUUUGUCUUAUAGAAAGACGAGAUUUCGGCCAUCUUGUGACUUCUUUCGGCAGUUACAAACCUUUUAGCCGGGCUUUUUUUUUUUUUUCUCUUUUGUGUCAUCAUGCUAAUUCGAUUGUAAGAAGUGAUGAGGUGACACGAAUGAACAAAAUGACGAUCAAAGCAAAUACCUCUUGCACUCACUUUUGCACUAAGUGGAGGUAUGCAUACUCGGUUUUGAAUGACUCGUAAUGUAACAUUUCAUUC